GACGGUGGCAGCAACACGCCUGCUUCCGCCCAGAUGCUUGUAAAAAUUUCCGCAGUUUUGGCAAGAAGGGAUAACUAGCAUAUACAUUAUAUAUAAAGCUGCUCCGGUGUGACGACGCCUCGCUACAGCCUCGAGCAAUAUGUCUCGGCUUCUGUUAAGAUUGAACGUGAGGGGGUGCAUCUCAUCUCAGAUCCGAAUGGCAUCUGAUCAGCUUGGUGAGCUAGGCAAGGGAGCGGGGAAAGGUGGAGGUGGAGGAGGCUCAGUGAGGGAAGCAGGAGGUGCCUUUGGAAAACGAGAAGUAGCAGAAGAGGAGCGAUACUUCAGGCAAAAGGAGAAGGAGCAGAUGGAAGCGCUGAGGAAGCACCACACAGAGGAGAUUGAGCACCACAAAAAGGAGAUUGAGCGCCUACAAAAGGAGAUUGACCGUCAUAAAGGCAAAAUUAGAAGGCUCAAACAUGAUGACUGAGCCAUCGUAUUCUAGUCAAAGCAGUGAUAAUUAGUGAUUGAUUUACUCGCCUGUUAUGAGACCUUUUUGAAUCCAAAACUACCAAUAAAGUGAAACUCCAUUAGCGCCGUUUUCUUUUUUCACAAAGUUAUCUAAAAUAAUACUUGUUAGACCUUUAGUAUUUCGCUCUUUGGCUUUCAUGUUACCACACAGUCAACGCACCAGUUUUUGGUCUUUUGGUAACUUAUGGCAGUGAUUAGCAACCAGUGUGCCAUGGCACAUUAGUGUGCCGAGAAAGCUCCUCUGGUGUGUUGUGGAAAAUGAUCAAUUUUCACUUAAUCGGUUAGAACAAAUAUUGUAUCUUUGUUCAUCAUUCUAUGGCAGUAGCUAAUAAAGACAGACUGAACAUAUAAAAGCUCUUCUAUUAGAAUAGCAGAAAGUGUAUAAUUGACUUGCGUAUCCACUAUUUGUGAUAUUUUUUGGUGUACCGUGAGAUUUUCCAAAUGUAAGAUAUGUGCCUUGGCUCAAUAAAGGUUGAGAAUCACUGG